CGUGAUGCCACAACUCAUUUAAAAACAUCCCAGCAAACACAGGGAAGUGUCAGUGUCUUCCUUUAAACGAUGCACGAGAAGCCACGUUAUUUAAAUCUGUUUAAAUAAACUCGUCAUGUCUGUGCUCAGGUGUGGAUGCAUCCUGCAGCUGCUGCUGCUGCUGCUCGGACACUCACUCGGGGCCCCUCGAUCGUUCAGCGUGGAUUACAAGAACGACUGCUUUCGGAAAGAUGGGGAAAGCUUUCGUUACAUAUCGGGAAGCAUCCAUUACAGCAGGAUCCCCAGAGUCUACUGGAAGGAUCGACUGCUCAAGAUGUACAUGGCAGGACUGAACGCCAUCCAGACGUACAUCCCCUGGAACUACCAUGAGGUGUCUCCGGGCCAGUACAUUUUCACUGGAGACAGGGACGUGGAGUAUUUCCUUAAGCUGGCACAAGACAUCGGUUUACUGGUCAUCCUCCGGCCCGGACCCUACGUAUGUGGAGAGUGGGACAUGGGUGGGCUGCCAGCCUGGCUUCUCAACAAGAAAGACAUCGUGCUGCGGUCUUCAGAUCCAGACUACAUCGCAGCGGUAGACAAGUGGAUGGGGAAGUUACUGCCAAUGAUGAAGCCUUAUCUCUACCAGAACGGGGGUCCGAUCAUCACUGUGCAGGUGGAGAAUGAAUAUGGCAGUUAUUUCGCCUGUGACUACAACUACUUGCGUCACCUCACCAAGCUGUUCCGCUCUUACCUGGGCAAGGAGGUGGUGCUCUUCACCACGGAUGGAGCCAGCGUCGGCUACCUUAAAUGUGGCACGAUACAAGAUCUGUACGCCACUGUUGACUUUGGGCCUGGUGGAAAUGUAAGCGCUGCUUUUGCUGCACAGAGACACGCUGAACCUCACGGACCAUUGGUGAACUCCGAGUUUUACACUGGCUGGCUGGACCACUGGGGGUCACGUCAUUCUGUUGUGUCAUCCACCAUAGUGGCCAAAUCCCUCAGCGAGAUGCUGGCCAUGGGAGCCAACGUCAACAUGUACAUGUUCAUAGGAGGAACAAACUUUGGAUACUGGAAUGGUGCCAAUUCACCAUACGGCGCGCAGCCCACGAGCUACGACUACGAUGCCCCGCUCUCGGAAGCAGGAGACCUCACAGAGAAGUACUUCGCUAUUCAAGAGGUGAUCAAAAUGUACCAUAAGGUACCAGAGGGACCGAUACCACCAACAACUCCAAAGUACGCAUAUGGGACUGUAGUGAUGAAAAAGCUCCAGACGGUAACAGACGCGUUAGAUAAACUGUCGUUCUCCGGCCCUGUGAAAAGCAAGUAUCCUCAGACUUUCAUUGAGCUGAAACAGGCUUUUGGUUAUGUGCUGUACAGGACCUCUCUGCCCGUUGACUGCAGCGCACCGACUCCGCUGUCUUCUCCACUGAACGGCAUCCAUGACAGAGCGUAUGUGUCGGUGGCCGGGGUGGCUGUCGGGAUUCUUGAAAGGAACAAAGUCUUAACUGUGAAUGUGACGGGGAAAACUGGCAGUCAGUUGGACAUACUGGUGGAGAAUAUGGGCCGGAUCAACUACGGAAAAGAAAUCAACGAUUUUAAGGGCCUGGUGUCCAAUCUGACUCUGGGGGCAAACACGCUCGACAACUGGAUCAUGUACAGUCUCAGUAUCGAUGAAGCGAUCAGUCAGGGCCUUUUAGGUGAAACAAAACCACGAGAAGCACCGCAGCCUGCUACUCUCUCCCUUCCAACCUUCUACAAGGGAACCUUCAUCAUUCCUGACGGCAUCCCAGACCUCCCCCAGGACACGUACAUCAAACUGCCCAAAUGGAGGAAGGGGCAAGUUUGGAUUAACGGCUUCAACGUGGGACGUUACUGGCCAGCACGAGGACCUCAGGUGACACUUUAUGUCCCGGCCAACAUCCUCAGCACGGCUGCACCCAACAACGUGACCGUCCUGGAGCUGGAGCAGGCUCCCUGCAGCUCAGGGCCAUGCAGUGUGGAGUUCACUGCCACCCCCAUCCUGAACGCAACAGUCCACUCUGACUACAAACAACCCAGGAGACUCUUUGUUAAAGACGAUUUGUUGUGAUCAUAAGGAAACUGCGCAAUUUGCACUGUUCGCACUGAUUUGCAAUCCCAAAUCAGCACUCGUUGUGUGUGUGUGUGUGUGUAUGUGUGUGUGUGUGUGAGAGAAAGAGAGAGAGAGAGAGAGAGAGAGAGAGAGAGAGAGAAGGUUGAUCUGGGACACGUCAUCAGUGAUUGAAUGGAGAUUUUAUGAAAUGUGCUUUUAGCCAAAUGCUGUAUUCAAGCAUCAUAUCAAUGUGUGGGCGUCUCUACCUCACUGAUUGUGUGUAUUUUUCAUUUUAAAGCCUUUUUUUCUCCACACAAAGGGAUUACUGCCAAUCAAAGUGCUGCCACACAUCACAGAAGCGUGUGUUUCAGAGAAUAUUUCAUAUUUUUAUAUGAAUAACACAUCAGGGAUUCUGAUCUGCUCUGAUUUAAUGCUGUAAAGCAUAUGCCUUUUUAAAACAGAAAUAAAACAUCUGAUUUGAUAAUA